UAAGUUUCAUUGCUUAAUCUGCCAUGACAUGUUAUCAUAAUUUCCUUUGUCUAAAAAAGACUAACGAUAUAACUGUGAAGAAUUGCUUUUGAUCCUGAUGGAUCAGACAUUCCAUAAAACAGAUAAGUCAAAAAAUAUAUAGGGCAAACAAAAAAACUUGCACGAAUAAAUCCGGAUUUAAAUGAAUCCGAUCAUGCAGGAAGGAUGUCCCCCUUGUGAAGGUCAACGACCAAAAGGCACCGCUCCACGGAAAGAUCAGAUAGUCACAAAAGACAUCCAGUUGAAAGCAGUAUGGGAAAACUUGAGACACCUUCAAAAGAAGUGCGAUCAUUAUGAAGCGAACGGCAAGGUUAAACAAGAUCGUAUUGUUGAACUGGAAGCGGAACUAGCUGUCCAGGGUCAAUUUGUCGACAAGUCGCAAGAAACAUCAACAGAACAACGUUCGAUUCAGUUUUCAGAAAUGAACGCCCCUCGAUCGGAGAUGGUUGAUCAACUAGAAGAAUAUGAGAAAUUAGCUAGCGGUAAAAAUCAGGAUGAAAUACUCCUUCAAAUUCGUACAAAGUUAUUGGACAGUAUCGAAAAAAGCAAACAGGCGUUCAUAGCACGAUCUGAAGUGUUCCUAAAUGGCGAAGGAUGCAGCAAUUCUAGCGGUGAAUCAAGCAGAACGCGGAACAUUCUUCUGGACGUUUUAGCAGAAAGACAGCGACGGUGUUUCAGACAGGAGCAAGUUAUCAGUGAAAUGGAGCACAAAAACCGCAUCUACGAAACCAGGUGCAUCAACUUAUUUGAAACGAUGCAGCGCUAUAUCAAGGAGAACCGUGAGAUGCGUGCAAUGAUAAGGAUGAAAUGUGCGCCGAGUGCACUUAUUAAAGAAUUCAAUCAACCGGCUAAUGAAGAUCGUUCUUUGGAGAUUCUAAGAAGAUAUCGGAUGCAUACAUUGAUGCCGGAGGAGAUACACCCAAAUCUUGAAGUCUUUCACGGUGAAGAGGAGAAAAUUACUGGGAGAAUUAUUUAUGAUAGUGGGAUUUUAGACCAGGAAGUAAUUGAACAUAAAACUGAACCAAACCAACAAACAACAUAGAUAGGAAAUAUUGGAUAUAGGCAAAUACAUA